CAUUCCAGGCGCCAUGGUUCUUGAAAUUGUGUUUUUUACCUCGUGUCUGAUCCUUUCGGUUGUCGGAGUUUACCUCAAUCUGUGCUACCUCAGAGCCACACAUCGAUCUACGGUCUAUCCAAAGUUUACCGGAAAUAAUUUACGGUUUUUGUCCGUUGCUCAUAUUGUGCUGGCUUGUUCAAAUGUUGUGGCCGCUGCUGCAAUGUGGGGUGCCAACGUGAAUCGCACGACAAAAUCCGAAGCCUUCUUCUCGACAACUCUAUCAGUCAGCCGUGCUAUUCCAGCACUCACUGUGUUUUGGACAACUGUUGAACGGAUAACGUACAAUCGGAGUCCAACGAUUCGAGAAAGUCCCAAGUUUCGAUAUGUGGCAGUUUUCCGGGUCAUCGAAGUAGUGGUCUCCGUAAUUAUGGAGAUGAUUAUUCGAGGAAUCUAUUUGAAUAGUGAUGAUCAACUCAAAGAAGCUGCUGGACUUGAAGUUCUUCAAUCUUCAAAUGAUGAAAUUUCAAUCAAAAGUUCACUCAUCGCGAAUGUAUACUACGACUUCUAUCACGGAAUAUUGUUUUUGCCAUGUAUUAUAAUCUCGGUUCUCAUGUUCAAAUCGGCAAAAGGUUCUCACACUCGUGCCUGCCUACUCGGUGGAAUGAGAAAUGACCAGAAAAUCCAAAAUCUCAGUGGACAAAUGACGUUUUUCAAAAAUUCCUACAUCAUGCUGUACAUCGCUUGUUUGGCCGACUUCAUCUUGCAUGUAAUUGUCAAGAGAUUUAUAAAUCUAGAAGAUUCCACGCUUGAUAUGAUGUACAUCAAUGCUCGAUGCUUUCUUCCAAUUGUUUACCCAUUAUCACUAAUCGCUAACAACAAAAAUCUCCGAAUCGACUAUUUCGGAAACUUCAUUCUCUGUCGAAAAGCCAGAAAUCUGCAUAAAGAGUCCAAAGUCAAGGUCAUUGCAACACGAGAAUCACAAGAAUCCAUCAUUGCCAACUUGAAAAUGAUCGGAAUUCUCAGUGACGUGGAUACCUCUCAGGGUGGCGCUGGUGCUGCAAGCCUCGCAAUGAUGGGAAUGGGCGGAGGAGGUGCUCCAAGACCUCCCAGUGGAGGUCGAAUGGCUUCUAUAUCCAAAGAUCCUAAUUCAAUUACGUCUUCCGGAAGUCUAGCUAAGCAAAGUACAGCUUCAAUGGGCAGUGGUGGAGCUUCGGGUAUGAUGAUGUUCCACACGAGGCCUAAAAGUUCGGUACCAUCGAUGGGAUCUGUUGGGUGAUCAACAUAUAGAUACUAUGUAUUUUAAUUAUUCGUUCAUCGGCAAUUCUAAUAAAUGUUAUCUUUUUGAG